GACGUUUAAGUAAUGGUCGAAAGAAGUGUUUUUCUGUAAUUCUGCUUCGUUCUUAAGUACCUAUUCAACAAAAUCUUAAGUUGUAAAAUUUUGUUUAAGGACUAAAAAUUUUAGGUUUUUAUUUCAAUUUAUGUGACAAAAACAUUGAAUUAUGAGUGACACGGAAUUAGUCUACGGCUCUUCCUUUACGGUAGAUUCAAUGAAAGUUAUAGCAGAGAGUGUAGGAAUCAGUAGUCUCGGUGAUGAUGCUGCAAAAGAAAUAGGUGACGAUAUAACAUACAGGCUCAAAGUAAUCGUCCAGGAUGCUAUGAAGUUUAUGCAUCAUUCAAAGCGUCAAAAACUUUCUAUAACUGACAUAGAUCAUGCUCUUAAAGUAAAAAAUAUUGAGCCUCAAUAUGGGUUCAUUCAACCUGACUCGUUGCCAUUCAGGUUUGCUUCAGGAGGUGGAAGAGAGUUACAUUUUGUUGAGGAGAAGGAAAUUGAUUUGUCUGAGAUAUUGUCAGCUCCUCCACCGAAAAUCCCUCUUGAUGUCUCUUUAAGAGCUCAUUGGUUAAGUGUCGAUGGUGUUCAGCCCACUGUUCCAGAAAAUCCUCCUCCAUUGUCAAAGGAAUCUCAAAAACUCGAGUCUGUCGAUCCUAUAACAAAGCUAAGCAAACCAACCACAAAGGAUGCAGUUGGUAAACCAGUUUGUGGAAAGGCAGCUCGAUUAAAAGCUUCAGAGUCAGUUCAUGUUAAACAAUUAGCGACUCAUGAGUUGAGCGUGGAACAACAAUUGUAUUAUAAAGAGAUUACUGAAGCUUGUGUUGGAAGUGAUGAGGGACGGCGAGCGGAGGCACUUCAAUCAUUAGCCUGUGAUCCCGGUCUACAUGAGAUGCUCCCCAGGAUGUGUACAUUUAUAUCAGAAGGUGUCAAAGUUAAUGUAGUGCAGAAUAAUUUAGCACUUCUCAUUUAUUUGAUGCGGAUGGUAAAAGCUAUUCUAGACAAUCAGUCUUUGUAUCUAGAAAAAUAUCUUCAUGAGCUGAUUCCCUCUGUAUCAACUUGCAUAGUAUCAAGGCAGUUGUGUGUUCGCCCAGAAGUUGACAAUCACUGGGCACUGCGAGAUUUUGCUGCACGUCUUAUGGCUCAAAUAUGUAAAACAUUUAAUACUUCCACAAAUAAUUUACAAACCCGAGUCACAAGAUUAUUUGCAAAAGCUUUGCAAUGUCCAUCACAGACAAACAAUGAAAGUGGACCAUCUAUGGUAGCCUCAAUGAAAGAGUCUGAGAAAACACCUCUAGCAUCAUUAUAUGGUGCUGUACAGGGCUUAGCUGAACUAGGACCUGAAGUUAUAAAGGUGUUCAUCCUACCUCGCGUGCGGUGGCUGGGCGAGCGCGUGGAGGGCGCCCUCAGCGGUAUCGGCGGCGCGGACCGGCUGGCGGCCGGCAACCUCAAGCACCAGCUACUAAAGGUGCUGGCCCCCGUUGUACGCCAGCUGCGCCAACCGCCCGACCUGCCCGAGGACUACAAGCGCGAUUACGGCUACCUGGGCCCCGGGCUGCAGCAGCUGGUGAGCAAGCAGCGCGCGUCGCCGGCGGGCGGCGGCGGCGGCGGCGCGGUGGCGCUGCUGGCCUGCACGCCGCCGCUGCUGGCCGCGCCCUCCGCGCCCGCGCCGCCCAAGCCCAUCGGUAGCCUCUGCUCUCUUUAAUCGGUAGCGUCUCGUAACAUGGUCAUCACCGCGUCCCCCACGCCGCAGUCCCCGGCGCCCGCGACUCCGCCUCCUCAGAAGUUUGUUAUCGUGGCGUCGCAACAGAAACCCCAACAGACUCAACCGGCUAGCGGUGCAAGCCAUAUCGUUGUGCACAGUUCUCAACCCACAAUAGUUCGGAGCCAAAAUGUACAGUCGGUGGUGGUGACGAGCGGACCGGCGGGCGCGCAACCCCCGCAAAAAGUGGUGGUGGUGGGCGUUCACCCCUCGCACCAGGCGCUGCCCGUGGCUUCGUCCGCAGGUGUUAGCCAGGCGCCGGUGUCGGUAGUCGCCAAGCCGGUGUUCGUGCGCAGCGGCUCCGCCCCUCAGCCACAGCCCCCGCCCGAACUGGACGACCUGUCUCACCUCGCCUGACAGCCCCGGAACAUUAGCUUCGUCAUCAAGGAAUUACGCAAGCCGAGCCCCUGACCGCGCCUGUUUCUGCUGUGCCGCGCGCCCGGCCCCGCCCGCCUCGCCCGCCCCGACGGAGACGCACAGCCCUAGCUUACAGACUCGUUCAUUUCUUGACACUAGUUAUUCAUUAGGGGUCGUUAUUUAAUCACAUGUUUUCUUAUGAAUUGAGGUCUUAGACUACCCGAUGGAGAGCCAUACCCAAAAAGCAUGUGUAAUUUAUGUGCAAAGUAAAUUGAAAUUUUAAUUAAGCAUCGUGAUACCAAUUUAAUUUGUAGACAGACAGUUGCAG